CCAAAUCUGAUUCAUCAUUAACCUCCAACUCAAAGUAAACGGGAUUCUCUCUCUACGUUUACCGGACGUGAGCUCCGUGUGUUGCUGCAGGUGAAGGAGCAGAAGGAAAAACCCAGCUGGAUUUCUGGCCGAAGCUGUUGGGGAAAGACAAAACCUCGGGUGUCUCAGCAGUUCAUGACUCGCUGUGUGAACAGACACAGAGUUCUGCUUGUUGGGUUUCUUCAUCGUGUGGAUUCCUGAACCCGAGGGUUCUGUUGAGUCAUCGCACCUCCACAGCUCCUGGCACCAGAGGAGAAAACGCUGCACUCUGAGGGACACGUCGCCAUGAAGUGGGAUUUGUCUGCAGCUCUGUCGUCUUUGGUGCUGCUGCUCGUCUCGCUCGCUCCAGUCCGCUGUCAGCAGCCUGUGACCUGCAGAUGGGGGUCGUACGGAGAGUGGUCGGAGUGUGACGGCUGCACCAGCACAAAGGUGCGCACUCGCCACGUGGAGGUGUUUGGACAGUUUGGUGGUGCGCCGUGUUCAGGAGACGCCGCGCAAACACAGCCGUGUGUUCCGCAGAAAAAAUGCCCCCUGCAAACGGGCUGUGGAGACCGGUUCCGCUGCACCUCAGGUCAGUGUAUCAGCCACUCGCUGGUGUGCAACGGAGACCAGGACUGUGACGACGGUCUGGACGAGAGAGGCUGCGAGCAAGGCGACAACCAGUUCUCAUGUGACCUCGACAAAACGCCUCCCAACUCCGACUUCACAGGCAGAGGGUAUGACGUGCUAACGGGGAAACUGAGGGCGGGCGUGAUCAACACUCUGAGCUUCGGAGGCCAGUGCAGGAAGGUGUUCAGUGGUGACCACAAAGUCUACUACCGGCUUCCGCAGAGCAUCCUCAGGUACAACUUUGAGGUGAAAGUAGACAACGAAGAGAGCGACGAGUCCUACGACAGUUCCUGGUCCUACAUGCAGCACAUGCAGUCCAACGCCUUGGUGGGACACGACCGCCGCACCUUCCACAAAGAACUCACUGAAUUCCAGACCCGCAGGUUGAUAAUCCUGAAGAACAAGGUGGAACUGGCGCAGUUCCAAAACUCCGCCCCCCAGUAUCUCACGCUGUCCGAAGGCUUCUGGAAGGCCUUGUCCUCGCUGCCGUUCACGUACGACUACUCUGCGUACCGCCGGCUGCUCCAGACAUACGGCACACACUACCUGUCCGAGGGCUCACUCGGGGGAGAAUACCAAGGCCUUCUGCAGCUGGACCGCCAGGCGCUCACCUCAACCAGUACAACAGAUACCGAGUACCAGAGGUGUUGGAGGAAGGUGAAACGCCGUCUCUUCCGAAAGAAAGUGACAAUCAAAUGUGAAAAAACGAUGCAAUCUUUAUCAUCCAGCGACGGACACAAUGUUAACAAGAUGCCCAUUAAGGUCAAUAUCUUUGGGGGAGAUCCGUCCUUCAUUGGCGCUCUGACAGUUCUGGAUCUGGAGAACCCGGAGGCUAACGGAGAGAUCUAUGACAACUGGGCCUCAUCCGUCAAGGACUUCCCUGAAGUCGUCGACCAGAAGCUGCGUCCUCUGCACGAGCUGGUGAAGGAGGUGCAGUGUGCAGGCUUGAAGAAGCUCCACCUGCGGAGGGCCACGGACCAGUACCUGGCCGAGGAGCAUCCCUGUCACUGUCGGCCCUGCCGCAACAACGGCCAGCCGCUGCUGUCGGGCUCCGAGUGCCGCUGCGUCUGCCGGCCGGGGACCUCGGGGGGCGCCUGCGAGGUCGGAGCUGUGAUCGGAGAGCAACCAGGGGUGACCCACGGCAGCUGGAGCUGCUGGUCCUCCUGGGGAACUUGCUCCGGAGGACGAAUGUCCAGAACUCGGAGCUGCAACAAUCCCGCUCCGAGCGGCGGAGGCCACCACUGCACCGGACUGCGGGUGGAGCAGAAGCCUUGCGAGGACCCCGAGAUCCAGUACUUACAGACGAUGGAGCCUCAGUGCUUCAGUCUCUCGGUGACUCCACCAAAGAAAUGUGGUCCGCCUCCGAACCUCAGGAACGGAUUCAUCCAGAAUCCCAGAGAUUUUUACCUGGUUGGAAACACGGUGGAGUAUUCCUGCAUAGAGGGACAUUACCUCAGUGGGAACGCUGUGGCUCAAUGCACGGAAAACCAGAGGUGGACGACGGGAACGAUGGUUUGUAAAAGCUCCACGUGCGGGAUUCCCCCGCUCGCCAGCGACGUUAUAGCCACGCCCGCCAACACAACCUCUCAGAUUGGCGACAGGGUGUCCUUGUCCUGCCCUGCGGGGUCCGUGCUGGAGGGCGAGGUGUCGGAGGUCAUGUGCAGUCCCAGUCUGCAGUGGUCUCCGUCUCCGGCCGACGCUCGCUGUAGAGCAGCGCCCACAGCUCCCUCUCCUCCGUCCGGCCUCAAGUGCAAACCGUGGGAGAAUGUCGGAAAAGCCGAGUGUGUGUGUAAAAUGCCAUUUCAGUGCUCGGCUUCUCUGCAGUUGUGCGCCAGACUUGGCUCGAGUCAAACGCGUGUACUGGGCGUGUGUCAGCUCGGCGCUCUGCAGUGUGUUGGGCGGAGCUUCACGCUGACCAAUGACAGCGACUGUAAAUGGCCCGAGGCGACGUUCACGUCCUGCGAGGACUGUGAACCGGGGACAGUCUGUCAGGAGCCGGAGAGAAAAUGCGUGUGCCAGAACGCGUCAGAAUGCCGUUCAGACUCCGCCCCCCUGUGCGUUAACUCCAGCGCUGGCAGCGUCGCCACGACGACGAUGACCGAGUGCGAGGUGGGCGCCCGGAGGUGUGCCGGGGAGCAGGUGAACGUGAUCGCCAUCGAGGCCUGUCCACAAUAAAGACGACCGAUGUUUUAGAAUCAAACUGUUCACAACAACAGGGAAACUUGUUUUUCUUUUUCCCUCAAUGAACGAAUUGUAAAUAGAAGCUAAUAGCUUUUAAAAUGAUGUAAAUAGAUUCUGUAGUUUUAUAUUUGUCUCGGACGACGGGUAAUUUGGCGACAUUUGCUUGUACAGUGAACAUAGUUCUCUGUUCUAAAGGUUGAAUGACAACAAAAAAAUCCAAAAUAAAAGCUUUUACUUUGGAUAUUGGAAGUUAAUAAAACUCAUUUCAGAAUAUACUUUGGUUCUCUUUUGGUUUUUGUUCAAAUAUCACAUAGGAGGAUUCUUUUUCUACCUGUCGCCAUCACAUUUAUGAACCAGACAGUUUUGAAAAUAACUUCUAAUGAGCUGAAAUUACCUUUACUUCAAAAUACCUUUUUACCUUGUAUUGAUGAUGUAAAGUCAAAUAAAAAAUUCCCAAUUCACAAGG